AUGGCGGAAGAAUCCCCUGAGCUCCAGGCCGCUUUGCGGAGCCUGGAUAAGGAAUUGGAGGAGGGCGAUAUCACCGAGAAAGGAUACCAGAAGCGACGUACGGUCCUGCUCUCGCAGUAUUUCGGCCCAAACAAACCUCUUGAGAUCAGUCCUCACGCCACCGCCGGCUAUGAUCCGUCUCCGACCAGCUCUACCAUGGCGCCGCCGGCCAUCUUGAAUGUCCGACCCCCAACUGCCGAGUCAUCUAUCCCUGGGGUGUCAUCUCCAACCUAUGCGGGCGAUUACAAUGAUCAUUACAGCGGAAGUCUCGGGUAUGACCAUGGCCCUGGUAUAGAUCAAAGUCAACAAAGGAGACCGUCAGGGCCACUUGGAGGGGACGGCGCGGGCAUGCUACAAGCCAGUGCCCAUGACCGGAUGCCUUCCUCGAGUUCCUACGACUCAUUAUUCCUUCCCAGACCCCCAGUAGCGGGGCCUCCAGGCCAAGAUGGCUCCAGAACUGCAACUCUUAUGAGCCAAAACUACGCGUUCAACCCUAAUUCGCAACCGGAGUAUGUCUCACAGCCUGAGUUCGACCAACCCGAAUACGCCCAGGCCGAGUAUCCUCCGAAUGAAUACGCCCAGCCCGAGUUUGCGGAUGACGGGAUGGGCUAUUAUGACCCCGCGUCUGGUGGCCCAACGCGACAGUCGACGAUGCUUGAUUCUCAACAAGGUUACUUUUCCGAUUUCGCAGGACAGCAACAUGACGAUUAUAGAGAUAGCUACGGCGGUGGCUUUCAUCGCUACUCUCAGUCUGGCGAAGCCUUCUCACCCACUGCCAAUAUGGCACCUCCAUUGAUGCCCGCCUCGGAUCUUCAGCAUGGACCGGCGAUUGAACAUUUGCUUCCUCUCGAGCCACGAGAGAUUCCUUUUGCGUUGAACGAUCCUCACGACAAAAACAUUCCAAUGUCCAACUUCGACAACCUUCCUGCGGUCCUGCGACACCGUGCUCGAGCCCACCCCAAGCAAGCGGCGUAUUGGGUAUUGGAUCAGAAAGGAAAGGAACUUGCGUCAAUCACUUGGGAAAAGCUCUCCGCUCGCGCAGAGAAAGUUGCUCAAGUCAUUCGCGACAAGAGUAAUCUCUACCGUGGCGAUAGAGUUGCUCUCAUCUACCGCGAAGCUGAGAUCAUCGAAUUCGCUGUUGCGCUUCUAGGCUGUUUCAUUGCUGGGGUUGUCGCAGUCCCAAUCAACAGCCUGGACGAUUAUACAAGUCUCAACUUGGUCCUCACGUCCACGCAAGCACACUUGGCCCUGACUACUGAGAACAACCUGAAGAAUUUCCAACGCGACAUCACUGCACAGAAGCUCAGCUGGCCACGAGGAGUCGAGUGGUGGAAGACGAAUGAAUUCGGCAGCUUCCAUCCGAAAAAGAAGGAUGAUACGCCUCCAUUGCAGGUCCCUGAUCUGGCCUACAUUGAGUUUGCCCGGGCUCCAACUGGUGAUUUACGUGGUGUCGUGAUGAGCCAUCGGACUAUCAUGCACCAGAUGGCAUGCCUGAGUGCCAUAGUCUCCACAGUCCCCACAGAUGCCAGUGCCAGGCAAUACGCCAGCAAAGGUGAAACAAUCAUCAGUUAUCUCGAUCCUCGGCAAGGUAUCGGUAUGAUCAUGGCAAUUCUCUUCACGGUCUACGGUGGCCAUACCACGGUCUGGCACGAAGAUCGCGCGGUGGAGACACCUGGUCUCUAUGCCCAUCUUAUCACCAAAUAUAAGGCGACUGUCAUGGCGACUGACUACUCUGGUCUCAAGAUCGCCACAUACAACUACCAGCAAGAUCCGAUGUCUACCAGACAUUUCAAGAAGAACUCUGAGCCUAAUUUCAGCAGUGUCAAAAUUUGCCUCAUCGACACUCUUACCCUCGACCCUGAGUUCCACGAAAUCUUGGCCGACAGAUGGCUUCAGCCAAUGAGAAACCCACGAGCCAGGGAAAUAGUGGCUCCUAUGCUGUGCUUACCGGAACAUGGAGGUAUGGUCAUCAGUAUGCGUGAUUGGCUUGGUGGAGAAGAGCGCAUGGGAUGCUCUUUGACCCACGAAAUGGAUCCGGCUGGCCGUGACGAUAAGAAGGAAGAUGAGACCCUUGUCAAGUCCGGGACCAACACUGGCUUCGCAAGUAGUCUUCUUGGGGGUGGAUCACGGGUAUCCGUCCCAAAACAGGAGACCAAAAAUGAGCUCAGUGAGGUUCUAUUGGAUAAGGAAGCCUUGAAAAGCAACGAGGUCGUUGUCUUGGCCAUGGGCGAAGACGCCAGGAAGUACGCCAGCAGCAUGCCACAUGCUGUUCGCGUUGGUGCCUUUGGUUAUCCCAUCCCCGAUGCAACCCUUGCCGUUGUUGACCCUGAAACUAACCUGCUCUGCACACCAAACGUUGUUGGAGAAAUUUGGGUUGACUCUCCGUCUCUUUCGGGUGGCUUUUGGGCCUUGCCUAAGCAUACCGAGGCCAUCUUCCACGCUCGUCCCUAUAAGUUUGAGGAGGCCAACCCGACCCCCGUUCUUGUGGAGCCAGAGUUCCUGCGCACUGGUCUGCUCGGAUGUGUGAUUGAGGGUAGGUUGUUUGUCUUGGGUCUCUACGAGGACCGUCUCCGUCAGAAGGUGGAGUGGGUCGAACACGGCCAGGAGAUCGUUGAGCAUAGAUACUUCUUUGUUCAGCAUCUCACUGUCAGCAUCCUGAAGAAGGUGCCCAAAAUCCAUGACUGCACCGCGUUCGAUGUCUUUGUGAACGAUGAGCAUCUUCCAGUAAUUGUCUUGGAGUCUUAUUCGGCAUCAACGGCGCCAACGACAUCUGGUGGGCCACCCAGACAGCUUGAUUCCGUCUUGCUUGAUUCGUUGGCAGACCGAUGUAUGGAAAUCCUAUACCAAGAGCAUCACCUGCGAGUAUACUGCGUUCUGCUUACGGCUCCUAAUACUCUACCUCGUGUCACCAAGAACGGUAGACAGGAGAUCGGCAAUAUGCUCUGUCGCAAGGACUUCGAAACUGGCAUGUUGCAAGCAGUACAUGUCAAAUUCGGAGUUGAACGAUCAGUGAUGAAUCUGCCCGUCGGCGUCGAUCCUGAGGGUGGUAUCUGGUCUCCUCUUGCGCUGGCAUCGAGGCAAGACAUGCUCGCUUACCAAGAAAAGCAAUACUCGGGUGUUGAUUAUCGUGAUGUUGUCAUGGAUGAUCGGACCUCCACGCCAUUGAACAAUUUCAACACUAUUGUGGAUCUCCUCCAGUGGCGAGUUUCUCGCCAGGCCGAAGAACUUUCAUACUGCUCCAUUGAUGGCCGCGGAAAAGAGGGCAAGGGCAUUACUUGGAAGAAAUUCGAUCUCAAGGUUUCUGCUGUGGCUACCUACCUAAAGAAUAAGGUUAAGGUGCGGCCAGGUGAUCAUCUUGUGCUGAUGUACACACACUCGGAGGAAUACAUCUAUGCUGUUCAUGCUUGCUUCUGCUUGGGUGCUGUUGCCAUCCCAAUGGCACCUAUCGAUCAAAAUCGUCUUUCGGAGGAUGCGCCUGCAUUCCUGCAUAUUAUCAGCGAUUUCGGCGUGAAGGCCAUCAUUGUCAACACGGAGGUCGAUCAAGUUAUGAGACAGAAGCUGGUGUCUCAGCACAUCAAGCAGUCUGCCCAGGUUCUUCGAAUUGGCGUUCCUGCCAUCUACAACACCACGAAGCCUUCGAAACAGUCCCACGGAUGUCGCGAGCUUGGCUAUACAGUGAAGGAUGCUUGGCUCCAGGGCAACAAGCCCGCUCUGAUUUGGACUUACUGGACUCCUGAUCAGCGAAGAAUCUCCGUCAACAUUUCCCAUGAAACUAUUAUGGGCAUGUGCAAGGUCCAAAAAGAGACAUGCCAGAUGACAAGCUCGAGGCCAGUCCUUGGAAGUGUUCGUAGUACCUUGGGCCUUGGGUUCCUCCACACCUGUCUGAUGGGUAUCUUCGUUGGCGCCCCCACAUAUCUCGUCUCCCCUGUCGAUUUUGCUACAAACCCCAUGACCCUCUUUGUUACCCUAGCUCGAUACAAGAUCAAGGACACUUACGCCACCAGCCAGAUGUUGGACUAUGCCAUGAGUGCCAUGGCUGGAAAGGGUUUCCAAUUGCAAGAAUUGAAGAACCUGAUGAUCUCCUCGGAGGGCCGCCCUCGGGUGGAUAUCUAUGGAAAGGUUCGCCUGCACUUUGCCAACGCUAGUUUGGAUCGCACAGCAAUCAACGUGGUGUACUCACACGUUCUCAAUCCCAUGGUCACUACACGAUCAUACAUGUGCAUUGAGCCAAUUGAGCUCUGGCUCGACCUGCGCAGCCUUCGUCAAGGUCUUAUCUACCCCGUCGACCCUGACGCCGACCCAACUGCUCUCCUGUUGCAGGAUUCGGGUAUGGUCCCGGUCAACACGCAGAUCGCAAUCGUGAACCCAGAAACAUGCACUCUCGCCCACGUUGGAGAGUACGGUGAGAUUUGGAUUCAAUCCGAUGCUUGCGCCCAGGGAUUCUACAAAUCAAAGCAGGAAUUCGACGUCGAGCGAUUGAAUGGCCGUGUCGCGGAUGGCGAUCCCAAUGUUCCCUAUGUCCGUACCGGUGACCUUGGUUUCCUUCACACGGUUACCCGGCCUAUUGGUCCUAAUGGUCAGCCGGUCGAGAUGCAAGUUCUUUUCCUUCUUGGUGGUAUUGGUGAGACAUUCGAGGUCAACGGUCUCAAUCACUUCCCUGUCGACAUUGAGAACUCAGUGGAAAGGUGUCAUCGCAACAUUGUGAAUGGAGGAUGUGCUAUCUUCCAAGCCGGCGGCCUGGUUGUCGUUGUGGUCGAAGUCACCCGGAAGGCUUACUUGGCAUCUUUGGUGCCUGUGAUUGUCGAUGCCAUCCUCGCGGAGCACCAGGUUAUCGCCGAUAUCGUUGCUUUCGUCUCUUAUGGCGAUUUCCCUCGCUCGCGUCUGGGUGAGAAGCAGCGCGGAAAGGUUCUUGCCUCCUGGGUCACUCGGAAGCUUCGUACCAUUGCUCAAUUCAGCAUUCGCGACUUGGAAGGCUCCGACAAUCCAUUUGGCGAAGUUCCUCACCACCGUCUGAGUAGGGUCUCCAAGCCCGGAAGCACCAUGGGUGCCAGCAUCCGACAGUCUAGCAUGAACCCCGACAUGGAGCCGCUCCCACAAUCGCCGGCUGGAGUGACGUUGGAGGAGACCAUCCACCCGUCCGCAACCUAUGCUGCGGACAAUGGCGGUUCCCUGCGACGACUUGAGACAGCUACCGACAACAGCGUGAAAUCAACCCCUGUCCCGGAGCCUACCCCUGGUGUGCCUCACAUCAAGGAGCCACAGUCUGCGACCAUUGUCACCGAGUUCGACGAUCAUCACUACGAUACAUUGGAUCACCCAGAGGGCGUCCCGGAUGCCAACCGUAACUUCCGAUUCAGCUUCGAGACCGCGACUGAGCCUCAGGGCCAUGGAUACGCUGGAGAGGAGCCGCCGUCAACCGGACAUGGCUCUUUUACCGGCCAACAAGGAUGGGAUUAUAACGGCGGACAAGCGAUUGGCGUCGCCCACGCCGACGCUGGCCGGCCACGCACGCAGGACAGCGGGCUCAUUGAUGACUGGCCCCAAGAGGCGCUGAUAUACCAGGACGCGCUGGGCGCAGAGGAUGGUCAUCACCAAACUCAUGCCCGAAACCCUUACGACGGAAGCGGGUACGCUGCUUAA